GCUUGUAUCCAUGGUUCGACAACUGUCAAGUUAUCAUUGUUGUUGAUCAGUUUUUAUAAAUGAAAAAAGAUAAAUAACCAAACACUUGUUGAAAAGCUUUCAUUUCAUUUUCAUUUUCAUCAUCAAGUGAUCAAUUGUUUGUUCGAUUUUUUUUACAAAAAAUGUCUUUUGUCAUAAUUAGUUCCUAUGAUGCGCUUUAUGGCCCAACAGCCAUUUCAACGGAAGAUUCAAUUCUUCAUGAGCAAUUGACCGGUGGUGGUAACCAGCAGCAAUCAAAUGAACAAAAUUCUCUAACAUUAUCUCGUCGUCGUCAUCGUAAAAAACAUGACAAAUCUGAUAAAUUGGAUAAAGGAAUACGUAAAUGUGAAGCUAAAUUGAUCGAUUGUCGUAAUGAAGAAAAAGCGGAAAAACUUCGUGAAAAAAUGGAAGCUUUGUGUCAACGAAAAAAAGAUCGAAUAGCUAUCAAUCAGGAAACAAAAGUCAAUUAUGAUCCUUAUGGAAAAUCAAUCGUAUUCAAAGUUGAAGAUGCACCUUGUCGUGUUUUGAAUAAAUUGCAUCAACUUGGCUACACUGUAUUGCCCAGUUCUGGUGGAAACGGUGGCCAUGAGAAUGGUUUAACUUGGACAUUAUUUCGACCAAACUAUGAACCGACUCCAAUAUAUCCAAAACUGAACGAUUUAAUCAAUACAGAUUAAUUUGUUUGAAAAAGAUUAUGUUUUUAUGCAUUGAAUUUUUUAUCAUUUAAAUGUUAAACAAUGCAAACACAAAUAUAUUGUUACACACAAAAAAAUUAUAUCAAAACUCAA